AUGCAGGAACCAAAGCAUGGCUCUGAUGGAGCACAGUUCGUCUUCCUCACUUGGCGGAAAUGUUUGAUUCUCACCGAUGCUUGCUUUGUGGUUUUUACCAGUUCUUCCGCCCUGUGCUCCAUCUUUCCGGCGACUGUGCAAAUCGCAGCCGAGCUGUCCACCACCGUAGAAACACUCCAAAUUGCCAAUGCAUGUGUCCAGAUUGCCAUGGGCAUAGCUUUAUUCCUCUGGCAGCCGAUCCGGAGUUUCAUUGGGCGCCGGAAUGCAACCUGGUGGCCAUCCUCAUCCUUUUCUGUUUCUCUACCGGCGCAGCUCUAG